AUGGAUUUGCAUCACUUACUCGUACUUUGUUGCUACAGUGGACAACCAUUUGUUGACUUUCAUCUUGCACCAGCACAUUCAUCCACACAGCAAAUAGAUCCUACUGAUUGGCAAGCCAGUGAUACAGCAGUUUCUCUUCUCGACAACUCUUCCAUGUCUUCAAUCCCACAUUUACGAGAAGUUAUCGAAGCUGGAGUUUCACUGUCCGUCUGCGAUCUGUUCAAUGUCACCUUUUCAACUACCGCUGAUCAAGCGCUCUUCGACAGAUCUCAGGCCAAAUUAGCAUGUCGAUGUCCCAUCGGAUUUAGUGGUGAUUCGUGUGAGGUGCCAGCUCCAUUACCGCUAUCUCUUGCUACACAUCAAGAUCAGAGAACAUCAAUGGUGAUUGUGUUUGCUGCCGUUCUUCUAGCGCUCUUCACGAUUGUUUUCAUGAUGGUGCGGGGAUGCUUCUGCGACUGUUUUGGUCCGUUGAGUCGGACGCGAACUUCGAGCAUAUACGAUAAACCUCUUGAUCCCGAAGAUGUCAAUAAAUGUCUACAAAGAUACCGCGCAUACGAGGCACAGCAGGAGGCAAAGGCGAACGAGCAACAACGUCCGUUAAUCGCAACCAUAAGCCAGUCGUGUGCCGCUCCUUAUGACACUGCCGUACUGCCGAGCGCCCCACCGAUCCAGAACCAGAUCUACCGUCCACGUUCUCCGCCUCCAUCGUACUGCUCGGUAGUUGACGGUGCUGAUCGUCUACCAACGGCACAAUCGCAGCUUUGA